CCGAGCCCGGCUUCCUCCGAGGGCGAGCUUUUCACCGGACCGACCCAGGCGCGUCCCUGUUUCCGCGCGACGCUCCGGGGCGGCGCCGUCCGGGCCGCUCGCCCGCCGCCCGCAGUCCGUCCCCAGGCCGUCCCCGCACGGAAGCUGACAGCGCCGGGCCCGCGGGCGAAGGUAGGAGCCGGCCCGACGGGACGCAGGCCUCGAAGGGACGCCACCCUGACAACUCUCAGGGGAAGGUAUUUUCGUGACACUCCCUCAUUCCGGCACCGAAACGCGUCCGAGCCGGGCGGCCUCGCCCCGAGCCCACACUGGGCGCGCCGGCCGGGAGGGACUAGCUGGCGCGCCGGCCGGCGCGGUGACGUCAGGGCGGACGCGCACGCGGCGUGCAGCGGAUUGUUGCCAUGGCCUGCAUUAAUCUUGCAUCAAAAAUCGAAGAAGCACCUAGAAGAAUAAGAGACGUGAUUAAUGUGUUUCAUCACCUCCGCCAGUUAAGAGGAAAAAGGACUCCAAGCCCCUUGAUUCUUGAUCAGAACUACAUUAACACCAAAAACCAAGUUAUCAAGGCAGAGAGGAGGGUGCUAAAGGAGUUGGGAUUUUGUGUUCAUGUCAAGCAUCCUCAUAAGAUCAUUGUUAUGUAUUUACAAGUCUUAGAAUGUGAACGUAAUCAAACCCUGGUUCAAACUGCCUGGAAUUAUAUGAAUGACAGUCUUCGAACCAAUGUUUUUGUUCGCUUUCAACCAGAGACUAUAGCAUGUGCUUGCAUCUACCUUGCAGCUAGAGCACUUCAGAUUCCAUUGCCAACGCGGCCCCAUUGGUUUCUUCUUUUUGGUACUACAGAAGAGGAGAUCCAGGAAAUCUGUAUAGAGACGCUUAGGCUUUAUACCAGAAAAAAGCCUAAUUAUGAACUGCUGGAAAAAGAAGUAGAAAAAAGAAAAGUAGCCUUGCAGGAAGCCAAAUUAAAAGCAAAGGGAUUGAAUCCUGAUGGAACUCCUGCCCUUUCAACACUUGGUGGAUUUUCUCCAGCCUCUAAACCAUCAUCACCAAGAGAAGUAAAGGCUGAAGAGAAGUCUCCAGUCUCUAUCAGUGUGAAGACAGUCAAAAAAGAACCUGAGGAUAGACAGCAGGCUUCCAAAAGCCCUUACAAUGGUGUAAGAAAAGACAGCAAGAGAAGUAGAAAUAGUAGAAGUGCAAGUCGGUCAAGGUCGAGAACACGAUCGCGUUCUAGAUCACAUACUCCAAGAAGACAUUACAAUAAUAGGCGGAGUCGAUCUGGAACAUACAGCUCAAGAUCAAGAAGCAGGUCCCGCAGUCACAGUGCAAGCCCUCGAAGACAUCAUAAUCAUGGUUCUCCUCACCUUAAGGCCAAGCAUGCCAGAGAUGAUUUAAAAAGUUCAAAUAGACAUGGUCAUAAAAGGAAAAAAUCCCGUUCUCGAUCUCAGAGCAAGUCUCGGGAUCACUCAGAUGCCGCCAAGAAACACAGGCAUGAAAGGGGACAUCACAGGGACAGGCGUGAAAGAUCUCGGUCUUUUGAGAGGUCCCACAAAGGCAAGCACCAUGGUGGCAGUCGCUCAGGACACGGCAGGCACAGGCGCUGACUUUCUUCCUUGGAGCCUGCAUCACUUCCUGGUUUUACGUAUCUGCAGUAUGAUGUAUGGACUCACAAACCAUUAAGAGCAAACUGAUUAGGAUUUGAUUUCUUAAAACCCUCUAGGUCUCUACAAACACUGAGGACAUUUUCUUUUGAAAAAACUAUGUUAAAUUUUUUUGCACAUUGAAAUGCCCUAGCAGUAUCUAAUUGAAAACCAUGGUCAGGUUCAAUUGUACUUUAUUAUAGUUGUGUAUCGUUUAUUGCUAUACAAACUGGAGCGUGAAUUCUGUACAAAUGUAUCUUAUUUUUAUACAGAUAAAAAUUGCAGACAUUGUUCUAUUUAAGUGGUUAUUUGUUUAAAUGAUGGUGAAUACUUUCUUAACACUGGUUUGUCUGCAUGUGUAAAAGAUUUUUACAAGGAAAUAAAAUGCAAAUCUUGUUUUUCUAAA